UAUGUGGCUUAAUAUAAAGUAUAAUAAAGAGUUUCUUAUUUUAAUAAAAAGUAUUUUUUUUUUGUUUUGUUUCUUUUUAUAUACACAUAUUUUUUUUUUUUAUUUAUUUCCUUAUAAUUAUUAUUUAUUUUUUUUUUUGCUUCUUUUUCAUGUCAGAUGUUAAUACGCCUUUAUUAGCAACCAAAGAUCAACGACCAUCAACUUCAAUCCAUCCUAAUAAUGAGGAACAAGAAGAAAGUUAUGUUAGAGCAACUGAUUAUGGAACAGGCAUAUAUCGUUACCCACGACAUCUUCAACCAACAAGACAAUUUACAUCGUUAGAGAAAUUCAUGUUUUUCUCAAGUUCCAUAUUGGUCAUUCUUUUGUUUUUAUUUAUAGACCUCUAUGCUAGAAGCAGUCAAAAGGACGAUGACGAACCUAUCAUAAGACCACCUGCACCAACUCAUGAUAUACCGAAGAAUCAUACAAAAAUUUCUUAUUGUUUAGAUUCAAGUUGUAUUGUAACAGCAGCUCAAAUUCUUCAGGAUGUAGAUCGUGAAUUGGAUCCAUGCAAUGAUUUUUAUGCCUAUGCUUGUAAUCAAUGGAAAGAAAAUCAUGCUUUAUCUGAUGAUAAAUCAAGACUGGAUAGACAAGAAAUAACAACUGAAUCUAUUUAUCAUAGACUUGAACAGAUAUUAAAGAGAGAAUGGAUGGAUGAGAGUACAAGCUUACCUAAUCCAGAAGAUAUACUCAAUAAGCAACUUUUCACAAAACUGAAGGAUCUCUAUCAAUCCUGCAUAAAUCAAGAACCAAUCGUGAUAGAGCCUCUUUAUGCCCUCUUUCGCGAUAUUCAAUCUUUCAUUCCACUUAGUAAGCCCCAGCUGGAUCGAGAGAGUCUGAAUAAAGCCAUUCACUAUCUAGCCGACCUCAAUAUAUGGCCCCUUUUCCGCAUAAAAAUGAAGUCAGAUGUCUUCACCAACACGAGACGGCCCAUUCUGUCGUUAGAAGUUCCUUAUCUAACUCUACCUUACCGUGCCCUUUAUGAUGAUCCCUCUACGAUGUCUGUUUAUACACAGCUGAUUGUCACCAUCCUUGAUGCUGUCUUUAAACAUGAUGUAUCGAAUGAAUUCGGCUGGAAGGCCUGGAGUACGAUUGCUACUGCGCGUCGUAUUGUUGAGUUUGAAAAAACCAUUGUAAAGGCACUUGUGUUAGAAAAGAAUGAAGAACAAGAAAGUAAAAAGUGGAGGAUAGAGGAGCUAGAGGGAGAGGUAUCGAGUAUUGACUGGCGAGAGUUAUUAAGGGGACAUAAAGGAACAGUACUUGUUCCAUCUAUUCCAUUUAUGAAGCAUCUUAAAAGGGAUGUUUUGAGCGUAACAAAUUCACGUACGAUACACAUGUAUUUCAUUUGGCGUAUCAUUUGGUAUCAUUUGGAUAGGUUAGGAGAUCAAUUGAGCAUUCUCAAGACACCUAUGUAUACCAAGUUAACAGGCGUCCAAAGGACAGCAGGGUCUGAAAGGCAGUAUAGCUGUAUGAAAUGGAUUCAUCAAAGUGACAUGGGUCUAUUGAUGGGACACUAUUAUGCCCUUGAUCAACAAGAACGUAUCGAGAAAGCUAAGCGCCAGGUAGAGGUCAUGUCUCAAGAUAUCGUCCGUAUCUUUAAGGAACGUAUCCCACAUCUUCCUUGGAUACCCCACAAUGAUAAUUUGACAAAACAAGCCAUCUUGAAUAAAUUAGAAAAUAUUGAAUUCCAAAUUGAUUAUUCUCAAGCGUCUGUUAUUUCUUUAGUGGAAUAUUUUAGCGAUAUUAAGAUUGAAAAGAAUGAUUUCUUUCGAAAUAUGUUAAGAACUGAUAUGCAUAAAAUGAAACAGAUAUGGAGAUUGUUGGAUGAUGAUCUACCACCACCACUCAUCCAUAAAGACGUGUGGAAUAAAAUAAACACGCAAUUCACUCGUGUCUAUUAUGACAGAGAAUUAAACAAGGUGACUGUUCCGGGAAGUCUAUUGCAAUUACCUUAUUUUGAUCCUAACGGACCACUCUAUUUAUAUAUGGGAACACUAGGAUGGAUGAUUGGACAUGAGAUUAUGCAUGGAUUCGAUAACAUAGGAAGACAUUACAAUGAUAAAGGCCAAUUUGGUCAACACUGGUGGACAGAUGAGAGUGUGAACAGUCUUGAACAAGAAACCCAAUGCUUAAUACGACAAUUUGAUGACUAUGGUUUAAAUGGUCAACUUAUUGUAGAUAAUAAUUUUGCAGAUCUGGGAGGAUUAAAAGUCAUAGAAUAUAUGAAUAUUACAAAUAAGAUGGAUUUACCCGGUUUAGAACAUUGGAAUAAAGAGCAGAUUGCUUAUAUUCAAUUUGCAAGACUAAAAUGUAGUAAAACAAGAAAAGAACGAGAAGAGAUGCUUGACAAUAACAAGCAUGCACCUGAUCGAUAUCGAGUCAAUGGCCCAUUAAUCAACUCGAAACAUUUCUCGAAUACAUUUCAAUGUAAAUCAGGAUCUUAUAUGAACCCAGCAGAAACAGCAAGUAAAAAAAAAUGUCAAGUUUGGUAGAAAUAUACCUCUUUUAUUUUAUUUUAUUUUUUCUUUUC